UUCUUCUGAAAACACUACUUAAUGCCCUCAACCUUUCACCCAUGGAAGAACGAGGAGACUCACUUGCAACAGCCCAAAACUCUUAAACACCCACCUCUGUGCAAGGAGUGCAAAUUGAAUCUAUCAAAGUACACAUGCCCAGGUUGCUCUGUGCCCUCCCGUAGUCUUCCUUGUGUUGAAGCUCACAAGCAACACACUGGGUGUACGGGCAAGAGGCAGCGGACCCAGUUCGUUCCCCUUUCUCAAUUUGACGAUAAACUCCUCUUAUCUGUUUGAUUUUCUUUUUUGGUAGAUUAUAAUUUGCUCGAGAAAGUGAAGAGGGUUGCAGAAUCUGCUUAGAGAACAAGAGUUAAUUUGGGCGGGCAUUCUCAUUUUAAGAUUCCAUCCCAUCCUCGAGGCCUUAGUAAUGCUUCACAGAGUCACAGGAUGAAACUCCUAUUUCUCCUCAGUGGAAUGUCGAAGAGGGAGAAAAAUAAAUCUCAAUACAACCAAAGUACUUGGACGAUUGAAUGGCGGUUUCAUUCAACAGACAUUGUUUUACUCAACCGUAGAGUAAAUGAAAACUCAACCCUCUCAUCUGUAAUUGAGAACCAUUUAAAGCCUGGGCCAUGGAAUCAUAAGCUCAGGCCGUUCUGUGCAGAGCAGUUGGACUGUCUCAAAUUUUUCAUUCGUAAAUAUCUGAAGGAAUCCAACUGUGCUGAACCCAGCUUUAUUGUUGGAUUGCAUUGAGCUAGUGUGAGGCCAUGAGCCAAAAUGCCAGCUAGGGUAUAGCAUAUCAUCCAUGCACUAUUUGUUA